UGUCCCUUGACCUGACCUGUAUAUCUUUCCAACAACGAACUGUUCAAAGCUCUUUUUACUCUUUAAUAUCCUUUUCCUUUCAAAUUAUCUCCUUCGCCGAGGCUUUGAUCACCGAACUGAAGUUGAACGCGAACGCUCUCUAUUUUUCCAGAUCCGGUCCCGUCGCCGGUUUCAGCAACCUCCGAUCCAAUUAGUUCACCAAUUGAUAUCACUUCAUUUAGCGUGUUACGCGAUCCACUGGAACGAAGAUGCCGGUGGCCGCUUCUGCAAUCUACCUCUUGAAUCUUCGCGGUGAUGUCCUCAUCAAUCGUCUCUACCGCGACGAUGUCGGGGGAAAUAUGGUGGAUGCCUUCCGAAUGCACAUUAUGCAGACAAAAGAACUUGGAACUUGUCCCGUGCGACAGAUUGGAGGCUGCUCUUUCUUUUAUAUGAGAAUUAGCAAUGUAUACAUCGUAAUUGUGGUCAGCAGUAAUGCUAAUGUAGCUUGUGCUUUCAAGUUCGUUGUUGAGGCUGUUGCUUUGUUUAAAUCAUAUUUCGGUGGUGCUUUUGAUGAAGAUGCUAUUCGUAAUAAUUUCGUUCUGAUUUAUGAGUUGUUGGAUGAGAUCAUGGACUUUGGCUACCCACAAAAUCUUUCUCCUGAAAUUUUAAAGCUUUACAUUACUCAGGAAGGAGUUCGGUCUCCAUUUUCAUCCAAGCCUUCGGAUAAGCCUGUUCCAAAUGCAACUUUACAAGUCACAGGUGCGGUUGGCUGGCGAAGAGAGGGACUUGUUUAUAAAAAGAAUGAGGUGUUUCUGGACAUUGUGGAAAGUGUAAACCUACUGAUGUCUUCAAAAGGCAGUGUUCUGCGAUGUGAUGUUACAGGGAAGAUUCUUAUGAAGUGCUUCCUUUCUGGAAUGCCUGAUCUGAAAUUGGGCUUGAAUGAUAAAAUUGGGCUCGAGAAAGAAUCACAAUUAAAGUCCCGGCCUGCUAAAAGUGGCAAGACAAUUGAGCUGGAUGAUGUUACUUUUCAUCAGUGCGUAAAUCUUACAAGAUUCAACUCAGAAAAGACUGUUAGUUUUGUGCCACCAGAUGGUGAAUUCGAAUUAAUGAAGUACCGAAUCACUGAGGGAGUUAAUCUUCCUUUCCGGGUGUUGCCAACAAUCAAGGAGCUUGGUCGAACACGAAUGGAAGUAAAUGUUAAGGUUAAAAGUGUCUUUGGAGCAAAGAUGUUUGCUCUUGGGGUUGUCAUCAAAAUUCCCGUUCCAAAACAGACCGCGAAAACUAGUUUCCAAGUAACAUCAGGUCGAGCAAAGUAUCAAGCUUCUAUCGAUUGCUUGGUUUGGAAGAUAAGAAAAUUCCCCGGACAAACAGAACCAACCUUGAGCGCAGAAGUUGAGUUAAUUUCCACGAUGGCAGAGAAGAAAUCUUGGACUAGGCCACCAAUUCAGAUGGAAUUUCAGGUUCCAAUGUUUACAGCCUCUGGUUUACGUGUCCGGUUUCUUAAGGUGUGGGAAAAGAGUGGGUAUAACACGGUUGAAUGGGUUCGCUAUAUUACCAAGGCUGGUUCAUACGAGAUCAGGUGCUAGAAAACGUGGGAUUGGUACCGUGAGGUUGUACAAGAGAAACAUGAGCAGUGAUGAUAAUAUUUACUCCCAUGAGUCCACAUUUCUCUCCGAAAGGAUGCAGGCUUGUGUUAUAUGCUUGGGUGAAUUUAAUAGGCAUUUUCUUUUCCCUCCGAAAGCAUUUUGUUUAUAUUAUUAGAUUUGAAGAGUGAGUAUUUGGUUGUUGUUAUGUUUCUCUUGUUAAGGCUAAGCCCUUUUGUUCACAAAGCUGUGUUAUUUGUUUGCAAUUGCAUGUUGGCACACAUUUUGUUGUAACCAUACAUGGGUCCGUUUUAAGACAAUUAUGAUUGGGAUAAGCUUCAACAUUUU